AUGUCACCUCUCCCUGCGGAAUUCGACAUGGUCCUCGACUCCAUAAACCUCCUUCCGCUCGACACCGAAGCGAAUUUUGUGGCAGCUGCAUACAAUCUCAUGAGCAUGGUUCCGGAAGACAUUAACGCUUUGAUAGACUGGGAACAAUGUGGCCCUUCAAAUAACUCCGGUGUCAACGAUGAUUCCACUGUUCGCGUUAGUGAAGACAACGUACCUUCUCCAACUACUAUCGCCAUCGCCGUGGUCGAUAAUAACGCCAUUCCCACACAUGCUUCGGAGUGCGAGAAGCAGCAAUACCCUUCCGACAUCUCUGUCAGUACAUCAUAUCCCACGGUGGAUAUAGCGGAGGCACGAAUGAUUCCUCAAAAUACACAGCAGUCAGUGGGGGCUUCUGCUCCUCUAUUUUACGAGGCGACAGAAGAAACGGAGACCUUCGGCUAUGGAUCUAUUCCUAGCGCACACAGUGUCCCCCGCGGUCCAGAACCUAUAGGCGGAGCUGGUAGCAGCGGCGGUGCAGGAAUACUUGCAUGCCAAACGAUGGGAAGAGAUGUCUUGUCCUUUUCAAGCCUGACGGUCCUAUCAAGCGAAUGGUCUCCGGUCGCCGACGGGGACACCGUCUUCAAGCCCGAUGGUUCCCCUGUACCACAGCGGGCUUCAGUAUCCCCAAGGUCUUGGCCUCACGCUGAUGCUGAGGUCACGACAGCGCUUGAGCCGCAUUCCUCCGUUUUAUCUCUCUUUCUCCCUCAGACUGUUCCCGGAACAGCGACCGGCAAUUUGAAUUCUUUGACGCAAAACACGAGAAAGCGCGCACGAUCUGAAAGGGAGGAGGACGGGCCAAUGAAGCGUCGUAAAAGCGGCGCAACAGAGGCUGCAGAAACCACUACCAGGGCGAUGAAAGGGAAGACCAAGGCGGCCUCCGCGCAUCCGGCUGCAAAGUCUAAAUCUUCUAUUGCGCAAAACCACGCAGAUAACGCCAAUGAGGAUAUCGACAAGUCUCCAAUGAGCUGUCGAAUGUCUGAAUGCAGCUUUGUAUCGGACCCACUCUCUCUAUGGGACCAUUUUAAGCGGACCCACCAACCGUCACUGCUGGGAAGACAAAUUCCGAUCAACACAGAAGACAUGCGAGUCCGGUGUAUCUUCUGCGACGAAGAGGACAGCGCGAGGAAGGUUUUGCAUCAUAUCCAGGCCAUACAUCUCGCGGACAAGAAAGACGGAGAAAAGGUUGCGUGUUCUGGCUGCGAGGAAAAAAAGAUGGUGGACAAAAGCAAUUUCAAGCGCCACCUGAUGGACGUGCACUGGAAGAUUGAGGGCUACGUCUUUACUUGCCAGAUUUGUGGCGACAAGGUCAGGAAAGAUGCAUGGAAAAACCGGCAGCACUUCCGAAAAUGUCUAUCGUCGCGUAUGCAUGAGAGUGCCAAGAAAAAGAAGGGGAGAUAA